UGGAGCCAUUUUUGAGCUGGCAGGGCUGAGACUCGCGCUAGUUUCUAAUCCAUUGCAUCUGCCUAAAUGUGCUCUCAAUAUACUUUUAAACAUACAAAUAUCGGCAAAUAAGAUCAUAAUCUACUCUUUCAUAUCAAUAUUUUUGAAUUUGUCGCGGUGGAUUAUCUGAAAAGGGGCUUUAAACUAAAGGGACAAAGGGUACCCGAGCCCACAAAGAUGAGAAGAGGGAUCUCAUCAGCCCCGGAUAAAGUAAUAAUAGCAGGGGUUGGAGGCUCUUUAGAUAAAAAUGCGGUAUUGACAGCAUUGUCCGACCGGUUAACCCCUCAUUUUACAACUGCCACUUAUAUCCAAAUUAUAACUCCACCGCCUUGUAUUACACAGACUUCAAAUGUCUGUUUGUCCGAACCUCCAGCUGGCAGUAUAUAUUCCACUCCAAACGGAGCAACAAACGGAACCGGACAACGACCUACAUUAGGACGUCCACCGGCCAAGCGGAGGUUGGCGUUGGAUGAGUCAGACCACCAGUACCCCAUCGAAGGAGCCAGGACCCCCAGGGGAAAGGCUGGAGGAGCCUCCGGGCCUGGACUCAAGAGCCCCAAAACUCCGAGGUCACCUGUAGAGAAGACGCGCUACGACACGUCGUUGGGCCUGCUGACGAAGAAGUUUGUUGAGCUGCUGGGCCAGUCGUCUGACGGCGUAAUCGACCUCAAUCAGGCCGCGGAGGUUCUCAAGGUGCAGAAGAGACGCCUCUAUGACAUCACCAACGUACUGGAGGGGGUGCACCUGAUCAAGAAGAAGUCCAAGAAUAACAUCCAGUGGAUGGGCUGUAACCUGUGUGAGGAUGGGUCUACGUUGACCAGCAGCCAGAGUCUGAGCAGUGAGCUGUGUGACCUGGGUCAGGAGGAGAGGAGACUGGACGAGCUGAUCCAGAGCUGUACUCUGGACGUCCAACAGAUGACAGAGGCCUCGCACAGCCACAAGUUUGCGUAUGUGACAUACCAAGACAUCCGUCAGCUACGUCACCUGAAUGACCAGACGGUCAUCGUGGUGAAAGCUCCCUCUGAGACCAAGUUGGAGGUGCCAGACCCACAGGAGGGCCUGUCGGUCCUCCUCACCAGCACCAAGGGGCCUAUUGAGGUGUUCCUCUGUCCGGAGGAGAACAUCGGUAGUCCUGUGAAGAACGGAGGCCCGGAUGUCCAAGGAAACUCCUCACCUUUCCUCAAAGUGUCAGCAGAGAGCUCAACAGGUGGCGGCAGUAACAACGAUGUCCCUCCAGAUCCCUCUGCGGUGAUGGUGACCAACCUGUCCCCCAUCACCUCCCCUUUCACCAGCCUCCUGCUGCAAACGGAGGACCAGAUCCCCUCCUCCCUGUCUGGGCUCCUGGAGGGCCACGGGGCCGGGCCCUUCGUCAACCUGUCCCCCCCUCUCCUCAACGAGGACUACAUGCUGAGCUUAGAGGACGAUGAGGGAAUCAGCGAUCUGUUCGACACCUAUGACUUUGACAAGCUUCCUCUGGAAGAGCUCAUGUGUCCCUCGAUGUAAGAGACGGGAUGUCCCCCCCAUUACUGAGUAGAGGGAGGGGUGGAAGACGGGAUGUCCCCCCCCCAUUACUGAGUAGAGGGAGGGGUGGAAGACGGGAUGUCCCCCCCCCAUUACUGAGUAGAGGGAGGGGUGGAAGACGGGAUGUCCCCCCCCAUUACUGAGUAGAGGGAGGGGUGGGGGGACUGGAUGUCC